CACAAAUGUCAUGACAACGUGACGGCCUGUUGCACAACAACGUCCAAUCUAAAGUUCAAGGUAUCACAAACAGAUCUGGUUUGGUUCAGAAGGCUCUCUGUCAUUCGGCUCCACAGGUGGUGAAGAGUCUGUUUGUCUGGAGGAAAACUUGAGAGUUUAAAAGGGACCAUGGGAGAGUGGGGUUUUCUGUCGUCUUUGCUGGACAAGGUCCAGUCUCACUCCACCGUCAUCGGGAAGGUCUGGCUCAGUGUGCUCUUCAUCUUCAGGAUCAUGAUCCUCGGAGCUGGAGCAGACAAGGUUUGGAGCGAUGAACAGUCAAGCAUGAUUUGCAACACCAAACAGCCUGGUUGUAAGAACGUCUGCUAUGACCACGCCUUCCCGAUCUCGCACAUUCGAUUCUGGGUCCUCCAGAUUGUCUUCGUCUCGGCGCCAACGCUCAUCUACCUCGGCCAUGUGAUCCACGUCAUCCACCAAGAAAACAAGCUGAGAGAAUAUAACGAGAAGCAUUCGGACAAAGUCGUCAAACAGCCCAAGUACUCUGACAAAGAAGGCCACAUCAAAAUCAAAGGCAACCUUCUGGGGACCUACAUGACCUCCAUAUUUUUCAGAAUCAUCCUGGAGGUGGCGUUCAUCGUGGGGCAGUAUUAUCUGUACGGCUUCAUCAUGGACCCGAGGGUCGUCUGCUCCCGAGCUCCGUGUCCCUUCACCGUUGAGUGCUACAUGUCGCGGCCCACCGAGAAGACCAUCUUCAUCAUCUUCAUGCUGGUGGUGUCCUGUGUCUCUCUGGCGUUCAACGUGGCAGAGAUCUUCUACCUGGCGUUUGCUCGCUCGUCCCGGCGAAAGUCGAAAACUGUCCCAGCUUCUGCCAUCGCAAUUCAACCCAGUUUCAACAGAGAAAGUCUGAUGAAGAACGAUUACACCACAGCCUGACGAACAUAGACCCAGAGUGCAAAUUUAAAUCUGUUGUCUAACAAACAGGAGCGUGAAUAAAAAUGUGUCUCAUAGGGCUAAUCACAGCAGACCGUGGGCUGCAAGAUCACUGUUAUUUAUUUAUUCGAGGCUUUAAAAGUUCCUGAAAAUGAAAUUGUGGGACAUAUAUGUAGAAUGCAACAUAUGACACUGUGUCAUGGUGCCAUGUAUUGUUUGUAAUUUGAGUUUUUGUGUCUUUACAUCGUGUCGUGUGUGAUCGUUUGACCUGUGACUACAUGACACUGAAUGUCAGAGGGACCUGACCAUCACUGCACAAACCUUCGUCUCUGUGCAAAUUCACAUUUUUACAUCACCGCCAGCUGUGUUCUUAACAAAUGUGUAGAGGGGCCUAAAAGUGCUUAUUUUUCAGUACGAAUGUUUUGUUUCUCCUAAAUUGUUAAAUUUUUCAGGGAUUAUUUUUGAAAUUGUAGAUAUUUUUACAUGUUUCGUAUUUUAAUAUGACUGCACGCACCUUGUGUUUGUAACUGAUUGU